UCAUGCAUUCUGAUUGAUAGAUUUUUUAGACGCUUCCUUGCACUGAAUUUCACCCUUUUUCCGAUCACUAUUUUUAAACUUUAAAUUGCACCAGUUCCUGCUGUCACAUUGCAUUGACCACCACUUGUAUUAAUUUCCUUACUAUACUUGUUCACCUACAUUACAUGCUCCUUCACUAUACACCCAGAGGGAAAUUGACCUCACUCGGUUCACAUUUUGAGUUUAAAUCUCUCAUUUUCACGCUCCAGAUUGCUGCUAAGAGAGGCAAAUCAUGGGCAAAGCUACUAGAUGGUUGAAGGGGUUGCUGGGAAUGAAGAAAGACAGAGACUGCUGUGGCUAUUCAGGCUCGCUGACUACUGACAAGAGGGAAAAGAAACAAUCGGAGAAGAAUGAAGAGAGUCACAUUACAUCAUCUACCAUUGAUCAUACUAAGCGCAGAUUCUAUGUUGCCAAAAAAGAGGGUGUGAAGAACAAACAGGUCACUGGUGUGGCAGUUGAGAGAUCAAGAAGGAGUGGCAGAAACACCUUGAUGAUUGGAAGCAAGGAGGGCUGGGCUGCUGUGUCAAUUCAAUCCAUUUUCAGAGGUUAUUUGGCGCGAAAAGCUCUUAGAGCACUCAAAGGAUUAGUUAAGAUACAGGCUCUUGUCAGAGGGUAUCUAGUUCGGAAAAGGGUGGCUGCAACUCUUCACAGUGUGCAAGCAAUGAUAAGAGCUCAAGCUGUUGCUCGAUCGGUUCGAGCUCGUCGAUCCAUGGACAAGGAAAACAGAUUUCACCCAGAAUCUCCUUCCAGAAAAUAUGCGCAGCAACAGUUUGAUGCAACAAGAAAUUAUCAAUCUCGCAACAGAAGGGCACGCAUAUACUGUAAGGCCCCAUCGGAUGGAUUUGACGAGAGCUCAAAAGUUUCUGAGUUUGACACUCGCAUGGCCCAUUCAAGAUCUCGGAGCAUUAACACUGCAAUGUCUGAAUGUGGAGAAGAGCUGCAUUAUCAAGCAAUGUCCUCCUCACUUCCAUGUCCAGUUAAAGGUCGAAUCUCCCUUCAUGAAAGGCGUCAGCAGCCUCAAGAGUUUGAAUGGUUCUUCAAUCUUGAUGAAGGUAAUAAGUUCUCCUCAGCACACAACACCCCUCGUCUAUCAAAAUGUACGAUACCAGCUACUCCAUUGAAGAGUGUUUGUGGUGACACCUUCAGGAGCUGCUCCGAUUUCCCUAACUACAUGGCCAACACUCACUCUUCUAAGGCCAAACUAAGGUCUCACAGUGCUCCCAAGCAAAGACCGGAACACAGGAAAAGGCUUUCGAUCAAUGAAAUCAUGGCAGCCAGAAACAGUGUCAGUGGUGUUGGAAAGCAGUGGUUGUCCAACCCAAAAACUCAAGACUGCUAUUUCUUUGACAAGGUUAUUUAGGAAUGCCUUUUCACUUGGAGAAUCAAGAUGAACAAUAAAGAGGACAAUGCAGUGAAGUGUGAUUAGUUUUUAGUUUGUUUUGCUGAUGAUGCUUGUAACAGAGUGUGUUUUCUUUAGCACACUUCUGUUUUUCUUGUAACAAACGAUUGUUCCUAUCA